UCUCUCUCUCUCUGUCUCUCACUCUCUCUCUCUCUGUCUCUCACUCUCUCUCUCAAGGUUGAGACCCCCUUCAUGUCAAAAUUGUACACUUCUUAUCUCUGUGUCCCACCCACAUGCUUGGCAAUGAACAAAUGAAUGAAUACAUGAGGCACCUCAUAGCACAUCCCUUACCCCCAUUCACACUUCAGAAGACACCUGUUCUGAGCUAACCAUAUAACCAAGCCCACUUAUCCUAUAUUGGAGACAUUUCCACUCCUCUCCCCAACUUACCCUUUCUCACCAAAUCCUGUCAUCGCUUUCCGUCCCACCUGCACUUCUCUUUUCCUGGAUCUUCUUCCUCACCCUCUCUGCCCAUUUCUCUUUCAUGUAGUUAGCAAAUAUUUAAGAAGCACUAGGAGCAUUCAGACCCACAUCUACUGAGUCAGGUAUCUAUUGGAGUUCUUGGAAAAAAUGGAAGAUGACACACUGUGACAUCAGCCUACAAGGCACUACAGUGCCUUACCAUAUCCUCCUACUAGACCCCUUCCCUGGAGCUAUCCUAGGCUGCUCCCUCCUGUAAUGCCCAACCACUCACUGUGAGCCCAACUCCCAGCAUUCUGGCCCCCACUUCUUCCCAUCUUAGAUUCCCUGAUUCUUGUGCCUUCUUCUUCACGCUCUUGCUGGUCAGUGGUAACAGAAGCAAGCCUGGACUCUUUUCUUUCUCAUGGUCUGGAACACAGCAAAAGCCCUUCCCAAGAAGUUCUUGCUGUUGGAUCCCAGGUUUUUACCAGCUUUCCUGCUACCUGCUUCUUCCUUCAGUUCCAGGGUCCAUGUUCCUGGGUAGCCCUUUGAAACCAGUGCAUUUUCAACCACUGACUCUUAGAAGGGACUUCCAGUUCCCUAUGUCCCCUAGUGUGGGAUCCUCCUGUGGAUGGUCUGCCUGAAGCCCAUAAGCCUGAGUUGGGAUACCCCUCUCCGCUCACUUAGCACCCUGGAAUAUCCUUUUUGUCUCUGUUUCUCUCUUUAAUUACUUGAUGGAAGAAACUUGUUACUUCUCAGAGCCUAGGACCUCCUCCCAUAUAGCUGGUGAGAAAAGGAGGAAAGGGAAGAAAGAGGGGAGGGGUAGCUACAUCUCAGCCUUCAUUUAUGACCUAAUUGACUUAGCUUCUCUGAGCUUUCUUUUCUUGCGUGAAAAUGGGGGUAGCAGGUAGUAGUAUCUCUUUAAGAAAGUUAUUUUUGGGGCUCUAAUUUUACUUUUUUAUGUGGUGCUGGAGAUUGAACCCAGGGCCUUCCAAGUUUACUGCUAACAUCAUAGUCCUUACACUGUGCUCUCUUCCCUAAACUUGUUCUUCCUUCUUAAUAUCUUUGGGUUGCUAUAUCUCCACCUUUCCUGCCAGCUCCAGCCACAUUGGCCUCCUCUGCGACCUGGAUUCCAGUUAUUAGAGUCUAACUUCAGGACCUGGCCCUUGCUGUCCAUCAUUGCCACCCACAGCUUCCUCUAUACUGCCCAUCCCUCCCCACAUCUUUUUACUUAAUGCAGAGACUUCAUCUGUCUUGAGUCCCUGCUCUACCUCUAGUGCCUGAUGUGGUGUUUGACACAUAAUAGGACUUAGUAGGUAGUUGGUGAGGAAAUCUAUCAAUGAAUCACUUCACAUGCAUGCCUUGGGUCUUCCCCCUUCUUUCCUCAUAUUUUUCUCAUUCCUAGGUCUCCAAGCAUCCUCCAUGUUCCUUCUCUCACUCUCACCACCUGAUCUUCUGUGCUGACCUGACCAUUUACCUGGAAUGACAACUACCUCAUUACUGAUCUCCUUUAGUCCACCCAGUGUACACUACCAGGUUUAUUCUCUUAAAGCAAAACUUUGAUCAUUCUCCUUCCCUGGUCUAUAUGACCCUUUGAGCAUCCCAAGCCCUCUACCAGUGAAGCAAUGUGGUCUUUCAAAACACUGUCUUUGAAGUCCAUCAGAACUACAUUCCGGAUGUCUCUGUGCUUCUUCUAGUGGAGCUCUGUUUCGUGUGUGUAGAAUAAUGCUUUUCCCACAGUUAUUGUAUGUGUGUCACACAGCAGCAGCAUUUAUCCCACCACCUCCAUGUGCCACACAUUGUGCUAAGUGUUUCCUGAGCAUUAUUUCAUUUAACUCUUAUAUCAAUCAUUUUAGAUAGGCACUUUAAUCCCUGUGUUACAGAAGAGGAAAUAAAUAAUUUGCCCAGAGUAAUGCUGUUAAGUAGCCAAGUCAGGGUUUGAACUCUAGUCUGACAGCAGAGCUCAUCUUCUUAGCCAUUGUCAUAAUAGCUCAUGCUUGCAUACUUAUAAAGCUUAUUGUGUGCCAGACACUGUUCUAGCUGCUGAAUAAAAUGUACUAUUAUUAUCGUACCUAUUUUAUAAACAAGGAAAUGGAAGCACUGAAAAAUUAAGUGGCUUGUCCAACAUCUCACCAUUAGUAAAUGGGAAACUGGGAAUCAAAUCCAUGUGGUUUGGCUCUAGAGUCCGUGUCUUAACCACUCUCCUGUCCUGCCUCACUGUGGCAUAUUAUCUCGCUAUGCCAGGAGUGCAGUAAGCAUGUACUGAUGAAUGAAUGUAUGCUGAAUCAAUUUGGUCUAUGCCUAGCUGUGAGUUGAUACAUUUUCUCUCAUUUCCCACUGUAGGAGCCUUGCAUCCUUAUCACUCGACUGACACAGUUACCUCCAACAUCACCAAUGAUCUCCUUACUGCUACAUUCAGUGGCUGGUUCUCAGCUCCUACCUUACUUGAACUCUCAGCAGCAUUGGAUACUAUCAGUCUCUCCCUCCUCUUUGAAAUGUUUCCUCUUUCACUUCUGUGAUGCUGCCUCCAGGAAUGAUAAAGGUCUCCUCAGCUGCCCCUUCUAUGGAACCAGUCCCCAGGGCGCUUCUCAUUCUACGUAUCCUAUCUGAUAGGCAUCUCCAUGCCUAUGGCUUUGUUUACCUCAUGAUUCAUCCAAAUCCAUAUGUCUAAACUAGGCCUCUCUCCUAAGCUCUGGGCCUACCCAUCCAACUGUCCAGCUAUGCCUGGAAUAGCUCCAUGUGGGGAUCUCAACAGUCACCCCAAAAUGACUUCUACUGUAUAAUAUCUCAAUUGCAUCCCUGUGAUAUCCAGGCCAGAGCCCUGGGCAGUGGACUGGAGUCUUUAGUCCUUUAAUGACCAAGUCUUGUCCACUUCACUUCCUCAUAUCUUUCAUAUCUGUGUUAUCUCAGUCCCACCACUGCUAAGUUAGGCUAUUACAGAUGCUCACACUUGAUCUCCUUUCUCCUGUGGGUUCUCAUCCUUCUUUAGCCUCCAUUGUUCUGCUAGGAUGCUUCCCUCAGCUUCCCCAUAAUUUCUUCUUCUCUAUCUGUUCCCUUCUCCCUAAUUCUCAGGCAAUGUGAAGUACGUGGUUCUGGGAUCAAAUUAAGGCUGCAUUAAGUCAGGAAAAUCGUUUGUGAGCCUCAAUUUUUUCAUUGGAAAAUGGAAGCUGGGAUUUCUUUCUUACAGAGUUGUUACGAUGAUUAAAUGAGAUACUGUCUGAGUUGCCUGGCACAGGGCCCUAACACCAUAAAAGCUCGGAAAAUAGACCCUUUUCUGCUCACAUCUGUCCUCAGCAUCUCCUUGAAGUGCCUUCUGGGAAUGAAUCCUCCAGGACAGAUCCAGGUAGUGGCACUGUUCCUGGCCACUGUCUUGUGGGGAUGUCUCAGGGAUGUCCAAGGACACUAGCUUGUCAGUCUUCUUCUACCACCUUCUGUCCCACUCCCCUUCCUCCAGCUCUGGAUGCUGCACACCCCCAACAACCUCUGCAGGCCAGGCUGUUCCUGUCUCCACUCACUCUUUCCUCUGCUGUAUAUACUCACUCUCCCUCAGUGCUCCUCCCAUCAGAAUUCUCACCUCUCUUCCUCUUUUGUUUAUCCCCACUUCACUCACCAAGACUGCCCUCUUCUUCCUUGCUUCUAGCCCAUCUGGCUUUCAUAGCCCCCCUCCUCACCCGUGUUGUCUUUCUGCUCCUGCCCCUCUCUGGCCCUGGGACAGGAAAUUGAGGGAGGAGGCCCAGGCUGUGCCAGCUCCCCCAGCCCACUUCCCCUUCUGUGCCUCGGACCAUUCCUCUACUUCCUCCUAGAGAGCACCCCCUUCCCUUUUAUUCCCCCUGCUUCUCCCCGACCAGCCCACCUCUCUUUCCCAUGUUCCCCUUGCUCCCCGGUCCUGUACACACACAGGCCAGGGACAGGAGGGGGGCUCUGUUAGCUACGGAGGGGGGGAAUUGACAUCACAUUUCAGGCCCCAAUGAACAGUCUUGCACCUCCCCCUCCUAAUGAGAACCAGCUGUGGUUCCAGAGGCCCAGAUGUGAGGAUAGAGGGGGAGAGCAGGAUGGAGUCAGAGGACCAAGUAACAGGACUGAGGGCAGAACAAGGGCAUGUGGCAAGACCAGACCGGGUGGGGAAGAGGUUUGACAGGGCUGGGCAGGAGGCAGAAGAGAAGACAGGACAUGGAGGGAAAGACAAGAUGUGUAGGGCAGACCAGCUCUGGGACAGGACGGGACAGCCCUGGAGAGAAAAGAGACAAGAAGGGGAGGGGGAAUGAGUCCUAGAAAACAGGCAGUAAGAAACACUGGACAGAUGGGAGAGACGGUGCUGAGAAGAAGCUGGAGAGAGGAUGAGACAGUCUCAGGAGAGAGUCUGGAGUUCCAGUUUGGAACUGGAAGCCGUGGAGCAGGAAGUGAUGAAGCAUAGUCCAGACAGAGGCCCCAGGGACCUGGAGGUCACAGCUGCAGCUGCAGAGCUGACCACGAGUGCCCCGGCAGCAUGUGUGAGAGCACGCCAGCCUGUGGGUGGGUCUGCAAGUGUGUGCUCGCAUGCCUGCCUUGUCAGUCUGCAUGCAUGUGACAGUGAGCUUGCCUGUGGGGUGUGUGUAGCAGUGUACGUGUAUGGAGGGUUGUCUGAGGGUGUGACUGUGCCUCUCUGUGUGAGGUCCAUAAGAAAGUGUUUGUGUUUAUGUGUCAGUAUAUGUGUGCAUGACUGCGUAUGUGUGAGGACUGGGGUCUCUGUGAAUGGAUAUGCCAUCUGUGUGUGUGUGUGUGUGAAAAUGGGCUUCAGAGUGCACAUAAGGAAGGGUGUCUGUGCACUGGAUCUUAUAUGUUUCAGUAAGCCGCUGUGUGUAGGUUAAGUGUGCCUGUCUGCAUGUGAGUCUGUGAAAGUCCAUCUAUGUGUCUGCAUGUGUGUACCUGGCAGUGUGAGAGUGUGCCAGGCUGUGCGUGGAUCUGAGACCCUGUGAGUGUGUGCUUCUGUGUGUCCACUGUGAGAGUGCACCGGGGGAGUUUGCAAUAGAUAUUUACCCAUGUUGGGUAAUGAGGAGGGCAUGGAGGUCUACACAGUUUGGGAGAAGGGGCUACUUUCACCUAAGACAUCUGCCUGGCCCCAAAUCCUUCCUCUUCGAAGUUAAUCAUUCACCUGAGCUUUUAUUUUACACAUCCCUUGAUACAGCCUUCAUUCAGAAAAUUUAUUGAAAAUUUAUGCUACACAUAAAGGUGAGUAAAUAAGAUACACUCUUGCCCCUUAAACACCUAAUUGUCUGAGUAGAGAGACAGUUACAGAGUAUAAGUACACUGAUCUCACCUUCUCUAUCCCUAAACCAUGACUGCUUUCUCUCCACUGACUGAUUAAAUGAAUAGGACCAACCCUCAACCCUUGACCCAGUCUCUGGGCUUAGAUCCAACCAUUUUACAGAUUAGGAAAAUACUGCUAAGACUGGACUCAAACUUUACCCAAACUCCAAAGCCCUUGCUCUUUUUAUUGCCUUACAUAGAUGGAAGGGAUGAGUUAGUGCAAGGGUGGGGGUCAGAAACCUAUCUCCUUUUAGGGGACAGGAAGUCUUAGAGCACAGCAAAUCUAUAAAGAUCAAGGACAAAUUUCUAAUGCCAAAAUCUGAGCUGGCAUGACUGGAUAUUUCUCCCUCAGCGAUAUGAAAGCAAGAGGCUCUGACCAUUCAUUCAGCAUUGGUUGCCUGCUCAUGCCCUGCCUCCACUAAGUGCUAGAAGAUUGGAGACUAAGACCUGCACAGAAACCUCCUAUCCAGUGCAGCGGCAGACACAUGAACAUAAAAGGGCUGCUGUACAACUUCUUGCCAGUGUGUGUCAAGAGAACAGGAGGGCAAUAGAGUAUGAUAGUCUCUGGAUGGAAGAUGGGUGAGGAGUAUGUCGAAGAAACCACGGAAAAUAGCAAAUUUAAACUGGAUCUUGAAAUUCUAAUAGGAGAUGGCCAUGUGGGAAGGAUAUCUCAGGAUGAGAGCACACGAGGCAGACAGAAGUUGGGCAAGAGCAUCAUAACAUUUAAUGUUGGAAUGCAAGGUGUGCUGGAAGAAAGAGAAAUUGGCAGAGCUCAGAUUGCAAAGACUCAUUAAGCAGAUUAGGCUUUGUGUUGUAGGUCAGAAGCUCUAUACCUAGUGUCCAUGAACCUCUUGAAACUGCAGGCACAAGUUUGUGUGUGUGUGUGUGUGUGUGUGUGUGUCUACACUUCUUUUUAGUUUUCUGCUGUCAGUAAUGCAGAACCAGCGGGACCCUUCUCCAGGAGUGGCUUUGUGAGAGUUUUGUGCAUCUCUCUUAUCAGUGGAGAUGGAGCAGAGGGUCAAAGCCAAGAGGCAGGAGUACCAGUAAGGAGCUAUUACACGAAAAGAAAGAAGAGAUUAUAGUGUUUGGUCUGGAUUGUGGAGCGGACAGGGAAGAAUUAAGACAUGUGUAGUCGAAAUAGUCAGGUUUUGAAGACAAAGUAGAAUUUGGAAUUGAAGAAAAGCAAGAAAACCAAAGAAUAUCAAUAGUUCUGAGUUGAACAUCUGGAUGGAUAGUGAUAUGCACAGGAAAGGGAAUAGAGGAGAAAAAUCAGUUUGAAGUGAAAACUGGGGAUAUGUUGUGAAGUCCAGUAUUUCUCUAGAGUUUCCAGAGCUGGAGCUGGAGAUUGGAAAGCCAUUGGCAAAUAGAUGCUACAUUAAAAAUGAUUGAUACAUUUGAAUCAAAGGCAUAGGAGUGGACAGGGUUACCCAAGCAGAGUGUGGAGAGUGGGAAAAGAUGUGAUCCAGGGCAGAGUGUGGAAGAGCACUAAUUGUGAAGGGGUGGGCAGAGGGAGAAGAGCUUAUGAGGGAGAAUGAGGAGAAGGUUCGGAAGCAUGUAGAAGCAAGAGGUGAUGGAGGUCACAGUGUGAAGCAAGAGGAGUUGGCUUUAAGGAGUCAGUGAUCAGUGAUUAGUACUGCAGAAUGAUCCAUCAAGAAGAAGACUUUAGGGCCAGGGAUUUAGCUUAGUGGUUCUGUGGCGCCUGCCUCGAAAGCACAAGGUCCUGAGUUUGAUUCCCAGUACCCCCCCCAAAAAAGUGCCCACUGGAUGUAGACCAUGGAAAUGGUUGGAAACUAGUGGGAGCAAAUCAUGAGAGGAAGCCUCACCAUGUCGAGGGAGGAAGGUGUGAGAAGUGAGAUAAUGGAGGCAAUGAAACAACCCUUUACACAGGCAGAGGGGGUGGUAGCUCCUGAAUGUUCUUCUGCCCUCCUGCAGUUGCCUCUCUUCAGUCUCUGCUUCCACCUCUCAACUGAUUCUGUGCUUAGGUACCAAAGGUUUCUGUAGGGCUUUAGGGUUCCUCCUUCUUGAGCUUUAACAGUUCCCCUUAGAGACAGAGGCACCACCCCUAUCUUGCUCCACCCGCCCUUCCUCCCCAGCUCUGGACACUGUCCAGCUGGUAUUUCAGGCCAGUAAUUUGCCCAUCAUCCUUAACUUCUCCCUCUUUUCCCUCUUCUUCAUUUUCUGCCUUCAAGAAGUCACAAAGCCCUGCAUAUUCAAUCUCCUAAGCCCCCACAGACCUAUCCUCUUCUUGCUAGCUUCAUUACUAAAACUCAUCCAAGUCAGCAUCAAAGUGGAGUCAUCCCCUGGACUCCCACAAGAACCUCCUCACCGUGCUAUCUGCAUGCCCUUGUUUUCCAAACAGUGAUAGCAAUCUUCAGAAAAUGUAAGUCAUGUCAUGGCACUUCUUGAAAUGCUUUGCACUUAAGAUAACGUCAGAAUCUUCAGUAUGUUUAUGAAGCCCUUCCUUUUUUUAUACUCAGCCCCUAGCACUAUACUCACAUGCAUUGCCUUCCAGCCUACCCCUAGAUGCUCUCAGCCCUUCCAAAUUCUGUUCAUUCUUCUAGAAUGUUCAUCUCUCCUUCCUGUAUGCCCCUUCUCUGUCUGUCACCACCUCACUAACACUUACCAAUUAUUUAGCCCUUGACUUUUGAAUAUCACUUCUUAUUAUAGCUUAGAUCUAAAAUGUCCUCUAGAGUUCUCAUGGGUGUGGGAGGUGAUUAGACCAUGGGGGCCCUCUACUCAUCAGUGGAUUAUCCAUAGCUAAAUGUACUGUUAGGAAGUGGGGCCUGGUGGGAAGAGGCAGUUCACUGUGAGUGUGUCAUGGAAGGGUGCUUCUCCCUCCCUGGCUCCUCCCUUUGCUCUCUGCUGCCUGGCUGCCAUGAUGUGAGGAGCUUUCCUCUGCCCAGACCAUUCUACCAUGCCACUUCACCCUUGGAGCCAGCUGACCAUGGACCGAAGAUAUGAGCCAAAAUACACCUCUCCUUCUUUAAGUUGUGGGUGCUGGAUAUUUUGUCACAGUGACAAGAAAAUAACUAAGGCAUUUCCUCAGAAAAGUCCUCUCUGACUCUUGUUCUGUGUUAAGCCCCUUAUAUGUUCUCCUGCUUCCUGUACUUCUCCUUCACAGCCCUUCUGCUACUUGUAACUACUUGUCCAAUUUCUGCCCUAUAAGCUCCAUGAAGCCAGGAGCUGUUUCCUUUAAUCACUAUUGUACCCCUUGUGUUUCUGUAUAGUAGGUGCUCAAUCUCUUAUUGAAUGAAGAGAGAAGCAGUGGGAUCUAUCCAAAGAAAAAGGAGAGAGAGAGAGAGACUCGAGCAUAUUUAAUUACUGGUAGAAGGCUCUAGCAGAGGGGAAAAGGUUGACAUUUCAGGCAAGUACAUGGCUAUUGAGGCUGGAUGGGAUAUCGAUUCUGGAUAGGAAGAAAAUAAGAAAGGAUUGGCCCUAUAUUUAAGUUUAAAAAUAGAAAGAAUGGAGUUUGUGAACAUUCAGACCUGAAAUAUAGGAAGCAGAACAAUCUGCUGAGAGUGUGUCAGGAUAGGAUGGGGACUUCCCCAGGGAAAGACUGGAGGGAACCAUGAGGAAUUAGAAGCAUAGGUUCCUAGGGCUGGAGAUGUGUAUGCAACAGCCUGAGGGUGCUGCUGGGAGCUAAAUGUGUCUGAGUUUUGGUAUGGUCUAUGUCUCAGGCUGUCCAGAUGAUCCCUCCCCUGUAAUGACCUUUUUCCUUAUGCAUUUCUCCUAGGUCAGGGAGCCUAAGUUGCAGUGAGGGCCCAAACUGGACCCCAUCCAAAGCCUGAUAUCAGACUAGGCCCAGAAUCUGGCCUGGGGCUGGAGAUCCAGCCCCAGCUGGACUGUCUCUGCCAUGCAGAAGGAGCUGGGCAUUGUGCCCUCUUGCCCUGGCAUGAAGAGCCCCAGACCCUUCCUCCUGCUACCGCUGCUGCUGCUGCUGGAGGUUGGGGUGCCAGGUGCCUGGGGUCAGGCUGGCAGCCUAGACCUGCAGAUUGAUGAGGAGCAACCAGCAGGCACACUCAUUGGAGACAUCAGUGCAGGGCUUCCAGCAGGCACAGCAGCUCCGCCCAUGUACUUCAUCUCAGCCCAGGAAGGCAGCGGUGUGGGCACAGAUCUGGCUAUCGAUGAACACAGUGGGGUCGUUCGUACAGCUCGUGUCUUGGACCGUGAGCGGCGGGACCGCUACCGCUUCACCGCAGUCACUCCUGAUGGUGCCACUGUGGAAGUUACAGUGCGAGUGGCUGACAUCAAUGACCAUGCUCCAGCCUUCCCUCAAGUUCGAGGUGCUCUGCAGAUACCCGAGCAUACAGCUCUUGGCACCCGAUACCCACUGGAACCUGCCCGUGAUGCAGAUGCUGGACGCUUAGGAACCCAGGGCUAUGCACUAUCUGGUGAUGGAGCUGGAGAGACCUUCCGACUGGAAACCCGCCCCGGCUCAGAUGGGGCUCCAGUGCCUGAGCUGGUAAUUGCUGGGGAGCUGGACCGGGAGAACCGCUCCCACUACAUGUUGCAGCUAGAGGCCUACGAUGGUGGUUUGCCUCCUCGGAAGGCCCAGGCCCUGCUAGAUGUGACGCUACUGGACAUCAAUGACCAUGCCCCAGCUUUCAAUCAGAGUCGCUACCAUGCUGUGGUAUCUGAGACCCUGGCCCCUGGCAGCCCUGUCUUGCAGGUGUUUGCUUCUGAUGCUGAUGCUGGUGCCAAUGGGGCUGUAACUUACGAGAUCAAUCGAAGGCAGAGCGAGGGUGAUGGACCCUUUACCAUUGACCCACGCACAGGGCUGCUGAGGCUGGAGCGGCCCCUGGACUUUGAACAACGACGGGUCCAUGAACUAGUAGUACAGGCAAGGGAUGGUGGGGCUCACCCAGAGCUGGGCUCGGCCUUUGUGACUGUACACGUGCGAGAUGCCAAUGACAAUCAGCCUUCCAUGACUGUCAUCUUCCUGAGUGCAGAUGGCACCCCCCGAGUGUCUGAGGCUGCCCCACCUGGACAGCUUGUUGCUCGUAUCUCUGUGUCAGACCCAGAUGAUGGUGACUUUGCUCAUGUCAAUGUGUCUCUGGAGGGUGGAGAGGGCCAUUUUGCCCUAAGCACCCAAGACAGCAUCAUCUACCUGGUGUGUGUGGCUCGGCAGCUGGACCGGGAGGAGAGGGAUGCCUAUAAUUUGCGAGUUACAGCCACAGACUCAGGCUCACCCCCACUGCGGGCUGAAGCUGCCUUUGUGCUGCACAUUACUGAUGUCAAUGACAAUGCACCUACCUUUGACCGCCAGCUCUACCGGCCUGAGCCACUGCCUGAGGUUGCAUUGCCUGGCAGCUUCGUGGUUCGAGUGACUGCCCGGGAUCCUGACCAAGGCACCAAUGGUCAGGUUACCUACAGCCUGGCCCCUGGCACUCACACUCACUGGUUUUCCAUCGAUCCCACCUCAGGCAUCAUCACCACUGCUGCCUCACUGGACUAUGAGUUGGAACCUCGGCCACAGUUGAUUGUGGUGGCCACAGAUGGGGGCCUGCCGCCUCUAGCCUCCUCUGCCACAGUUAGUGUGGCUCUACAGGAUGUGAAUGAUAAUGAGCCCCAGUUUCAAAGGACCUUCUACAAUGCCUCACUACCUGAGGGUACUCAGCCUGGAUCCUGUUUCCUGCAGGUGACAGCCACAGAUGCAGAUAGUGGUCCAUUUGGCCUCCUGUCCUAUUCCUUGGGUGCUGGACUUGGGGCCUCUGGGCCUCCCCCGUUCCGAAUUGAUGCCCACAGUGGUGACGUGUGCACAACCCGAAUCCUGGACCGUGACCAGGGGCCCUCAAGCUUUGACUUCACAGUGACGGCAGUAGAUGGGGGAGGCCUGAAGUCCAUGGUAUAUGUGAAGGUGUUCGUGUCAGAUGAGAAUGACAACCCACCUCAGUUUUAUCCAUGGGAGUAUGCUGCCAGUCUGAGUGCCCAGAGUACACCAGGCACAGCUGUGCUGAGGGUGCGUGCCCAUGACCCUGACCAAGGACCCCAUGGACGACUCUCCUAUCACAUCCUGGCUGGCAAUAGCCCCCCGCUCUUUGCCUUGGAUGAGCACUCAGGGCUAUUGACAGUAGCCUGGCCAUUGGCCAGACGGGCUAAUUCUGUGGUGCAGCUGGAGAUCGGUGCUCGGGACGGAGGUGGACUGAAGGCAGAAACCAGUGCCCGAGUCAACAUCAGCAUUGUGCCUGGAACCCCCACACCACCUAUAUUUGAACAACUACAGUAUGUUUUUUCUGUGCCAGAGGAUGUAGCACCAGGCACCAGUGUGGGCGUGGUCCAGGCGCACAACCCACCAGGUCGCUUGGGGCCUGUGACUCUCGCCCUAUCAGGCGGGGAUCCUCGGGGACUCUUCUCCCUAGAUUCAGCCUCAGGGCUGUUACAAACACUUCGCCCUCUGGACCGGGAGCUUCUGGGAUCUGUGCUGGAACUGGAGGUUCGAGCAGGCAGUGGAGUACCUCCAGCUUUCGCUGCAGCCCGCGUGCGUGUGCUGCUGGAUGAUGUGAAUGACAACUCCCCUGCCUUCCCUGCACCUGAAGACACGGUACUGCUGCCACCAAACACUGCCCCAGGGACACCAAUUUAUACGCUACGGGCUCAGGAUCCUGACUCAGGUGUUAACAGUCGAAUCACCUUCACCCUGCUUGCUGGAGGUGAUGGAGCCUUCACUGUGGACCCUGCCACAGGCCAUGUACGACUUAUGGGACCUCUGGGACCCCUAGGGGGGCCAGCCCAUGAGCUGGAGCUGGAGGCCCGGGAUGGGGGCUCCCCACCACGUACCAGCCACUUUCGACUUCGGGUCGUAGUACAGGACUUAGGAACGCGUGGGCUGGCUCCUCGAUUUGAUAGUCCUAGCUACCGUGUGGACUUGCCCUCAGCCACCACCCCUGGAACUCAGGUCUUACAAGUGCAGGCUCAGGCACCAGAUGGGAGCCCCGUCACCUAUCACCUUGCAGCAGAUGGAGCAAGUAACCCCUUUGGCCUGGAGCCACAGAGUGGGUGGCUGUGGGUGCAGGCACCACUGGACCGUGAGUCCCAGGAGUUAUACACACUGAAGAUAAUGGCAGUAUCUGGGUCCAGAGCUGAGUUGGGGCAACAGACAAGCACAGCCACCGUGAGGGUCAGCAUCCUCAACCAGAAUGACCACAGUCCCCGCUUGUCUGAAGAGCCUACCUUCUUAUCUGUGGCUGAGAACCAGCCCCCAGGAACCAGUGUGGGCCAGGUCUUUGCCACUGAUCGAGACUCUGGACCUAAUGGACGUCUGACCUACAGUCUGCGACAGCUGUCAGAGGAUAGUAAGGCCUUUCGCAUCCACCCCCAGACAGGAGAAGUGACCACACUCCAAACCCUGGACCGAGAGCAGCAGAGCAGCUUCCAGCUCCUGGUGCAGGUGCAGGAUGGGGGGAGCCCACCCCACAGCACCACAGGCACCGUGCACAUUGCGGUGCUGGACCUCAAUGACAACAGCCCUACCUUCCUGCAGGCGUCAGGGGCUGCUGGUGGUGGCCUCCCUAUUCAGGUACCAGACCGUGUACCUCCAGGAACCCUGGUAACAACUCUGCAGGCCAAGGAUCCAGAUGAAGGGGAAAAUGGGACCAUCCUGUACACACUAACUGGUCCUGGCUCAGAGCUCUUCUCUCUGCAUCCUCACUCAGGGGAGCUGCACACUGCAGCAUCCCUGAUCCGAGCAGAGCGGCCCCACUAUGUGCUAACACUGAGUGCUCACGACCAAGGAAGCCCUCCUCGGAGUGCGAGCCUCCAGCUUCUGGUUCAGGUGCUUCCCUCGACUCGCGUGGCAGAGCCUCCGCCGGAUCUCUCAGAGCCCGACCCGGCGGCACCAGUGCCCGUGGUCCUGACUGUAACUGCAGCUGAAGGGCUUCAGCCUGGAUCCUUGUUGGGCUCGGUGGCGCCGCCGGAGCCAGCGGCUGUGGGAGGACUCACCUACACACUGGUUGGUGGCGUUGAUCCUGAGGGCACCUUUGCUCUGGACGCGGCUUCUGGGCGCUUGUAUUUGGCGCGGCCUUUGGACUUUGAGGCCGGCCCCGCUUGGCGCGCUCUCACGGUACGCGCAGAGGGCCCCGGAGGCGCAGGCGCGCGACUGUUGCGAGUGCAGGUGCGCGUGCAGGACGAGAACGAGCACGCGCCGGCCUUCGCGCGCGACCCGCUGGCUCUGGCGCUGCCGGAGAACCCUGAGCCUGGCGCAGCUCUGUACACCUUUCGCGCCUCGGACGCCGACGGCCCGGGCCCCAACAGCGACGUGCGCUACCGCCUGCUGCGCCAGGAGCCGCCGGUGCCCGCCCUGCGCCUGGACGCGCGCACCGGGGCGCUCAGCGCGCCGCGGGGCCUGGACCGGGAGACCACACCCACCCUGCUGCUGCUCGUGGAGGCCACGGACCGGCCAGCCAACGCCAGCCGCCGCCGAGCAGCACGCGUCUCCGUGCGCGUCUUUGUCACAGAUGAAAACGACAACUCGCCAGUCUUCACCUCUCCUUCUCGCGUGCGUCUCCCGGAGGAUCAGCCGUCUGGACCCGUAGCUCUGCAUUUGGUAGCAAGGGAUCCAGACCUGGGGGAGGCCGCACGCGUGUCCUAUCGCCUGGCAGCUGGCGGGGACGGCCAUUUCCGGCUUCACUCAAGCACUGGAGCACUGUCCGUGGUGCGGCCCCUCGACCGGGAACAGCGAGCUGAGCACAUCCUGACCGUGGUGGCCUCAGACCAUGGCUCUCCUCCACGAUCGUCCACUCAGCUCCUGACGGUCAGUGUCGUUGACGUCAAUGACGAGGCACCCGCUUUCCAGCAGCAGGACUACAGCGUCCUCUUGCGGGAGAACAGCCCUCCUGGCACAUCUCUGCUUACUCUUAGGGCAACCGAUCCAGACCUGGGGCCCAAUGGGCAAGUGACUUAUGGAGGCGUCUCUGGUGAGAAUUUCUCUCUGGACCCGAAAACAGGAGUUCUUACUACCCUGCGGGCCCUGGAUCGUGAGGAACAGGAGGAGAUCAACCUGACAGUAUAUGCCCGGGACAGGGGCUCGCCCCCCCUCUUAACUCAUGUCACAGUGCGAGUGGCUAUAGAGGAUGAGAAUGAUCAUGCUCCAACCUUUGGGAAUGCCCACCUCUCCCUGGAAGUGCCUGAGGGCCAGGACCCCCAGACCCUUACCACACUUCGGGCCUCCGACCCAGAUGUGGGAGCCAAUGGCCAGCUGCAGUACCGAAUCGUGGAUGGGGACCCAUCAGGAGCCUUUGUCCUAGAUCUUGACUCUGGGGAGUUUGGUACCAGAAGGCCACUAGACCGAGAGGUGGAGCCAGCAUUCCAGCUGCGGAUAGAGGCCCGGGAUGGAGGACAGCCAGGUCUCAGUGCCACUGUGCUUGUGACAGUGACAGUUCUGGAUGCCAAUGACCAUGCUCCAGCCUUUCCUGUGCCUGCCUAUUCAGUGGAAGUGCCUGAGGAUGCACCUGCAGGGACCCUGCUGAUGCAGCUGCAGGCUCACGACCCUGAUGCUGGGGCCAAUGGCCAUGUGACCUACUACCUGGGUACAGGUACAGCAGGAGCCUUCCUGCUGGAGCCUACCUCUGGGGAGCUGCGCACCGCCACAGCACUGGACAGAGAACACUGUUCCAGCUAUGCCUUUUCUGUGAGUGCUGUGGAUGGUGCAGCUGCUGGACCCUUGAGCACCACGGUGCCUGUCACCAUCACAGUGCGCGAUGUCAAUGACCAUGCACCCACUUUCCCCACCAGUCCUCUACGUCUGCGCCUACCCCGCCCAGGUCCCAGCCUUAGUACCCCAACUCUGGCUCUGGGCACACUUCGAGCUGAAGAUCGUGACGCUGGUGCCAAUGCCUCCAUUCUGUACCGACUGGCAGGCUUACCACCUCCUGGUACCACUGUGGACUCUUACACUGGUGAAAUCCGUAUGGCCCGUUCACCUGUAACUCUAGGCCCCCGGGAUCGUGUCCUCUUCAUUGUGGCUACCGACCUUGGCCGUCCAGCUCGCUCUGCCACUGGUGUGGUCAUUAUUGGUCUUCAGGGGGAGUCUGAGCGUGGACCCCGCUUUCCCCGGGCCAGUAGUGAGGCUGUGCUUCGUGAGAAUGCACCCCCAGGGACUCCUGUCAUCUCCCCUAAAGCUGUUCAUGCUGGGGGCUCAAAUGGACCAAUUACCUACAGCAUUCUCAGUGGGAAUGAGAAAGGGAUAUUCUCCAUCCAGCCUAGUACUGGAGCUAUCACAGUUCGUUCAGCAGAGGGCCUGGACUUUGAGACAAGCCCACGGCUGCGACUGGUGCUGCAGGCAGAGAGUGGAGGAGCCUUUGCCUUCUCUGUGCUGACCCUGACCCUGCAAGAUACCAAUGAUAAUGCUCCCCGUUUCCUGCAGCCCCACUAUGUGGCUUUCCUACCAGAGUCUCGGCCAUUGGAGGGACCCCUGCUGCAGGUGGAGGCAGAUGACCUGGAUCAAGGCUCUGGAGGACAGAUAUCCUACAGUCUGGCUGCAUCCCAGCCAGCACGGGGCUUAUUCCACGUAGACCCAGCCACAGGCACUAUCACCACCACAGCCAUCCUGGAUCGUGAGAUCUGGGCUGAAACACGGAUUGUCCUGAUGGCCACAGACAGAGGAAGCCCAGCCCUAGUGGGCUCAGCUACCCUGACAGUGAUGGUCAUUGAUACCAAUGACAAUCGUCCCACCAUCCCGCAGCCCUGGGAGCUCCGAGUGUCAGAAGAUGCACUAUUGGGCUCAGAGAUUGCGCAGGUAACAGGGAAUGAUGUGGACUCCGGACCAGUACUGUGGUAUGUGCUGAGCCCAUCUGGGCCCCAGGAUCCCUUUAGUAUCGGCCGUUAUGGAGGCCGUGUCUCCCUCACGGGCCCCCUGGACUUUGAGCAGUGUGAUCACUACCACCUUCAGCUGCUGGCACAUGAUGGACCUCACAAGGGCCAGGCCAACCUCACGGUGCUGGUGGAGGAUGUCAAUGACAAUGCGCCUACCUUCUCACAGAGCCUCUACCAGGUAAUGCUACUUGAACACACCCCCCCAGGCAGUGCCAUUCUCUCCGUUUCUGCCACUGACCGGGACUCAGGUGCCAAUGGUCACAUCUCCUACCACCUAGCCUCCCCUGCUGAGGGCUUCAAUGUUGACCCAAACAAUGGAACUUUGUUCACAACUAUGGGAACAUUGGCCUUGGGCCAUGAGGGGCCAGGAGUGGUGGACGUGGUGCUGGAAGCACGGGACCAUGGGGCUCCAGUCCGGGCAGCACAGGCCACAGUGCAUGUGCAGCUGAAGGAUCAGAAUGACCACGCCCCAAGCUUCACAUUGCCCUUCUACCGUGUGGCUGUGAGUGAAGAUCUGCCCCCGGGGUCCACCCUGCUCACCCUGGAGGCCACAGAUGCUGAUGGUAGCCGCAUUCAUGCCACUGUGGACUACAGCAUCAUCAGUGGCAACCGCGGCCGAGUCUUCCAGCUAGAACCCCGGCUGGCUGAGGCUGGUGAGGGUGUCGGACCAGGUCCUCAAGCACUGGGCUGCCUGGUGUUGCUUGAGCCUCUAGACUUUGAAAGCCUGACACAAUAUAAUCUAACCGUGGCUGCAGCUGACCGGGGCCAGCCAUCCCGCAGUUCAGCUGUGCCAGUCACUGUCACUGUACUGGAUGUCAAUGACAACCCACCUGUCUUUACCCAAGCAUCCUACCGUGUGACAGUACCCGAGGACAUGCCAGUUGGAGCUGAGCUGCUGCACGUGGAGGCCUCUGAUGCUGACCCUGGCCCUCAUGGCCUUGUACGUUUUACCCUUAGCUCAGGUGACCCUCUGGGGCUCUUUGAGCUGGAUGAGAGCUCAGGAGCCUUGCGACUAGCCCACCCCCUGGACUGUGAGACCCAAGCUAGACACCAGCUCGUAGUGCAGGCUGCUGAUCCUGCUGGGACACAUUUUGCUUUGGCUCCAGUGACAGUUGAAGUCCAGGAUGUGAAUGACCAUGGUCCAGCCUUCCCACUGAACUUACUCAGUACCAGCCUGGCCGAGAACCAGCCUCCAGGCACUCUUGUGACCACGCUGCAUGCAAUUGAUGGGGAUGCUGGGGCUUUUGGGAGGCUCCGCUACAGCCUUUUGGAGGCUGGACCAGGGCCUGAGGGUCGUGAGGCAUUUGCAUUGAACAGCUCAACAGGGGAGUUGCGGGCACGAGUACCUUUCGACUAUGAGCACACAGGAAGCUUCCGGCUGCUGGUGGGUGCUGCUGAUGCUGGGAAUCUCUCAGCCUCUGUCACUGUGUCAGUACUAGUGACUGGAGAGGAUGAGUAUGAUCCUGUAUUCCUGGCUCCAGCUUUCCACUUCCAAGUGCCAGAAGGUGCCCAGCGUGGCCACAGCCUGGGUCAUGUGCAGGCCACAGAUGAGGAUGGAGGUGCCGAUGGCCUGGUGCUCUAUUCCCUUGCCACUUCUUCCCCUUAUUUUGGUAUCAACCAGACUACAGGUGCCCUAUACCUUCGGGUGGACAGUCGGGCACCAGGCAGCGGAACAGCCACUUCUGGGGGUGGGGGCCGGACCCGGCGUGAGGCGCCACGGGAGCUGAGGCUGGAGGUAGUAGCUCGAGGACCUCUGCCUGGUUCCCGGAGUGCCACAGUGCCUGUGACUGUGGAUAUCACCCACACUGCACUGGGCCUGGCACCUGACCUCAACCUACUGUUGGUGGGGGCUGUGGCAGCCUCCUUGGGAGUUGUAGUGGUGCUUGCACUAGCAGCUCUGGUCCUAGGGCUGGUUCGAGCUCGAAACCGAAAGGCUGAGGCAGCCCCCGGCCCAAUGUCACAGGCAGCACCCCUAGCCAGUGGUUCUCUGCAGAAGCUGGGCCGGGAGCCACCCAGUCCACCGCCUUCAGAGCAUUUGUAUCACCAGACUCUCCCCAGCUAUGGUGGUCCAGGAGCUGGAGGACCCUACCCCCGUGGUGGCUCCCUGGACCCAUCACACUCAAGUGGCCGAGGCUCAGCAGAGGCUGCAGAGGAUGAUGAGAUUCGCAUGAUCAACGAGUUCCCCCGUGUGGCCAGUGUGGCCUCCUCCCUGGCUGCCCGUGGCCCUGACUCGGGUAUCCAGCAGGAUGCAGAUGGACUGAGUGACACAUCCUGUGAGCCACCUGCCCCUGACACCUGGUAUAAGGGCCGAAAGGCAGGGCUGCUGCUGCCAGGUGCAGGAACCACUCUAUACCGGGAGGAGGGACCCCCAGCCACUGCCACAGCCUUCCUGGGAGGCUGUGGCCUAAGCCCCGCACCCACUGGGGACUAUGGCUUCCCAGCAGAUGGCAAGCCAUGUGUGGCAGGUGCACUGACGGCUAUUGUGGCUGGCGAGGAGGAGCUCCGUGGCAGCUAUAACUGGGACUACCUGCUGAGCUGGUGCCCGCAGUUCCAACCACUGGCCAGUGUCUUCACAGAGAUCGCUCGGCUCAAGGAUGAAGCUCGGCCAUGUCCCCCUGCUCCCCGUAUUGACCCACCACCCCUCAUCACUGCUGUGGCCCACCCAGGAGCCAAGUCUGUGCCUCCCAAGCCUGCGAGCACAGCUGCAGCCCGGGCCAUCUUCCCAUCGACUUCUCACCGUUCCCCCAUCAGCCAUGAAGGCUCCCUGUCCUCUGCUGCCAUGUCCCCCAGCUUCUCACCCUCGCUGUCUCCUUUGGCUGCUCGCUCACCAGUUGUGUCGCCAUUUGGAGUGGCGCAGGGCCCCUCAGCCUCGGCCCUCAGCGCAGAAUCCGGCCUGGAGCCACCUGAUGACACAGAGCUGCACAUCUAGCUGUGGCCCAGGCUGGGCCCCGACCUGGGAUGCGCACAGUGUCCCCAAUGCAGGCCCCACUCUGAGCCUGCCCUGGGCAGCCUCGGACCAUGACUGGCCAUGGGGAGGCCACCACCAAGCCCCAACUCUCCACCCCAAACUCCUCCAGUGGGGGCAGGUCCCACAUUUCACCCCAGCCCCUCAGAGCACUGGGACCAGAAGGUCUGUUGAUCACUGACCUGGGGCCAGGUCCAGUGUGGGGAGAAAUACGAAGGAGGCAGCAGCCCUGGGUUCUCAGUGAGGACUUCCUGCCUGCACCAGCACCCUGAGAUGGAGCAGAGACUUUAUUUAUUGGGGGAUCGGGGAAUGAGGGAGGUACCUCCCAACUGUUUGGGCCCAGCUCCUUUGGGUUCCACUGACAUCCCUGCCCCUGCCCAGAACAAGUGCCAAUUCUCACUCUGGAGCCUUAAUAAACUGCAGUUUGUAUCCA